AUGCGUUCCGCCCUGGUCCUGCUCCAUCUGUCGCUAUGGAUCACGGUGUCGCAUGCCUUCUUCCCCUGGUUUCCGAACUACCGCUGCGAUGAAGACGAUGAUUGCAAGGCAGAAAAGAGGGCACAACUAGAUGGUACGGCCCAAGACGUCGUCAAUGCCAUUCGGGCCUCUGGGGCUCUCAAGCCUUCGACCUUUCCCGUCGGCCAACGGCGAGGCUUCGAGUCCGAACCAGUAGCCAAGACUGUUUCCAGGCUGCUUCGCAAGUACUCCAAGUACCAGCCCACGCCUCUGGCGGACGAGUCGAACGCAUUGGCCAAGAGACAAAAUGUGUACCGCGUCAUCGAGCCGGAAAAGACCGAUCAGAAAUACGGUGCCGGUAUCUGGCAGGAUGGCUCAGACUUUUCCUACUUUGUUCAGGCCAAGCUUGGAUCAGAGGGCAAGGAGCUGUACAUGCUUGUCGACACCGGUGCGGGUACAUCUUGGGUUAUGGGCUCUGACUGUGCUUCGCCGGCUUGCGGCCUUCACAACUCGUUUGGUCCUGACGACUCGAAGACAUUCGAGCGCGUCGACGAGCACUAUUCAGUCAAAUACGGAUCAGGUUCCGUCAAGGGCUCCAAGGUCACGGAUUCGAUUAACGUUGCGGGCAUGAACCUGAAGUUCAAGUUUGGCGUUGCUAACGAGACGUCUGAUGAUUUCAACCACUUUCCCUUCGACGGUAUCCUCGGCUUGUCUCUCUCCGGUGGCGAAUCAGACAACUUUAUGAACAUCGUUGCAGAUUCCAAGACGCUCGAGAAGAACAUAUUUUGCGUCUUCAUCAACAGGGCAGCCGAUGGACCCAACACCGGAGAGCUAAGCUUCGGCGCUUGCAACAACGACAAAUAUAUCGGCGACUUCACGUACACUGAUGUGGGCUCCAGCAAUGGGGACUGGGCCGUUCCCAUGGACGGUCUCACGUAUGACGGCAAGAAGGCCGGUGUCAAGGGCAAGCUCGCCUAUAUUGACACGGGCACUUCGUACGUGUUUGGACCCGAAAGCGACGUCAAGGCUUUCCACGAGAACAUUCCCGGGUCAUCCUCUUCCGAUGGCACCACCUGGACCGUCCCCUGUGACAGCAACGAAGAGGUGACGUACAUCUUCUCCGGUGUCAGCUACACAAUCUCUGCCAAGGACUGGAGAUCCAAGCCCAAGGACGGCGUCUGCACGAGCAACAUUUAUGGUCAUGAGGUCGUCCCGAAUUCCUGGCUCCUCGGUGAUCUCUUCUUGAAGAAUGUGUAUGCUGUGUUUGACGCCGACGAAAAGCGGAUCGGCUUUGCCAACAGGGCUCCUGUUCCCGGUGCUGAGAGUGAAAACAGCAAUGCCGACGAGACGACCAAGCAGGCGUCGCCCACGGCGAAGACGACGACUUCAGCGCAAGCCUCGACGGCGAACCCUAGUCCUCGUCCGACGUUGAGCGAGCAACAGGGUCAGGAUAGCCCAAGCGCCGAACCGGCCGUGCCUGACAGCCAACCGACAACUGUUUCCACUGGCGUCACCCAACCUGAGCCGUCCAUCCCGACGGGCCAAUCGUUGGAGGGACAAUCCGACCAGCAAACGACGGGCACGAGCGGGGCUGACGCGGCCCAGACGAACGAGCCAUCAUCCGGUGCACAGCUACGCUCGCACGGCGUGGUUUCAGCGGUGUUUGCCAUGGCUGCUAUGGCGGCGAUCUAUUAG